GCAGGCAGCCUGCUUAGACUACACUGUUUAUUUCUCGCGCUUGUUUUCGGAAUCUGAAUCUGAAUCUGAGUGCACUCUGGCCACACCCUUAUAGGCUAUUCUCUGUCUACCACAGACAUAUAAGUCUGUGCUGUCUACGCAUUUUAUUUUCUUCUUUUCGUUUUGGUUGUUAUGGUUUCUGUAUAAGUAUGGUAAUUUUGUAAAUAAUUAUAAACUGUUAAUAUUUAUUUCGUAUCAUCUCUGUUGUUUGUUGGUUUUGUUUGUUGGUUUCGGCCAUUCUGGUUAUUAGGUAGCUUGUAUAUUAUUUGAACUCGAUAAUAAGGUUUUUCAUAAAAUAAGUUUGUGUCUAUUUUGCUAGUUAGCUGCCCUUUUAUUUCCUUGUAUAUAUAAAAUACAUUAAAAAAAACUGAUACUAAGCAAUAUAUAAAGAAGAAUAUCUGAAAUUCAUCAAACAAUAAAAUUAUUUACUAAAAUGAAUUUUCUUUUUCUAAUAAAUAAAAAAACUAAAGAUGAGGCUGUAUGGGCAUUGAUUCUUUUGCCUUCCCUGAAAAGGGAGAACUACAAAAAAAAAUUAAGUGGUCUUCUAUUGUUGCUUGUAUAAAUAAACUUGUUCUCCAGUGAAUAAAGUGCAAAAUUGAUAGAAUAUCUACCCGCUUGCCUAAUCCACCUGUUUUGAUUUACAGACUAAAUAAUAAUAAUAUCUAUAAAAGUUAAUCUGCAUUUUUUAAUACACAUUACCAUUCCCAGAGUAGGCAAAAAAUGAUUCAUUUACAUAGAUUUUACUUAAUUUUUUGUAUUAUUUGUAUUAUUAAUUACAUGUCUGCAGAAUUGGUUACGGUUUCUCUAAUCGGAUCUGCAGUUUUAGCUGGCGGUUGGUUUAAAUGGGAAACCGUGAAAGAUAAUACACUCUGCCAUUUCAUGGAAUGUUGUAAUGAAAAAUAUGUGCCCUAUGAUAUAGACAAGUUGCAUAACUCAAUAUCCCAAAAAAUGUUUGGUCAGCCAUUGGUUAAUGAAUUGGUUAAUAUUUUGACUGCACAUAAGGAAGCUGUAUAUGAUGUGAAUAAAAGAAAUCGGAAGGCUUUGGUAAUAAGUUUGCAUGGUUGGUCUGGUAUUGGAAAAAACUAUGCUUCAACUAUUAUAGCAGAGGCUUUAUUCAAAAAUGGUAUGCAGAGUCGUUAUGUGAAGCUUUUUAUGGGAAAGAAAGAUUUUGAUUGUGCAGAUUUAGAAAAAAGUAAAAAAGACCUUAUCAUGAAAGUGAAUGAAGUUGUGAAAAAAUGUUCAAAAGCUCUUAUUAUAUUUGAUGAGAUACAUGAUAUGUGCCCGUCGGUCUUGGAUGCCAUUAAACCGAUGUUGGACUAUCAUCAUGCUGUGGAUGGAGUAGACUAUAGAGAUACAAUUUUUAUUUUUAUUUCAAAUAUUGGAGGCCAGGAGAUUGCAACUAACUUAUUAGAAUUGUAUGAACAAGGGAUUAAACGGAACGAUGUGGAAUUCCACAAUUUUGAACCUAUCAUAAGAAGAACAGCAUAUCAUCAAGGAGGCUUUGAGAAAGCUGGAGCAAUCGCCCAACAUCUAAUAGAUCAUUAUAUACCAUUUCUCCCAUUAGAACAGCAUCACGUGGAAAUGUGCGCACUAGCUGAAUUCCGGUCAAAUGGAAUCUACGAUCCUAGCGAAGAAAUGAUGGCUGAUGCGAUGUCCGUGAUAACGUACGGACCAACAGAAGAUCAACCAAUAUUUGCAAAUAAUGGUUGUAAACGAUUUACAAGGCGCAUUCCUUAUGUAAUAAAGAAAUAUUCUCCCAAAGCUAACAAAAAUACUGAACUUUGAAAAUAAUGCGUUUUUUUGUAAAUAUGUAUAAAGUGAGUAAACUUAUAGAUUAAUUACUUAUUUUUAUAUCUGCGAUGUGUUUAGUGUGUAGAUCUUAAAUGACAAAUGAGCCACGCAACUCUUGCGACCGCACUCAGGGACGUUAAAAUGUUUUGCUUGUGAAGGUGAUUUGGGUCUUAUUUUAAAAAUAUCGUCUCUGGGCGUUUGCAGCCUGGCCACAGCUACCACCGGCAAGAAUCACUGGGCGGCGAGUUGCAAGUUGCAAAAACAAAGUAGGAUAUGCAGUAUGCCACAGCUACAGUGCAAGCAAGAUCUUGUCACGUGUGGCCGGAAUCGCAAUUAAUUUUGGGGAGGUAUAAGCCUUUUAUUUAUAGAGAAAUUUGUGUGUACGGAAACCGUUGUCGCCGGCUCAAAAAUUUAACCAGUCAGCGCUCACGCCCGACAGCAACGACGCAAUCAAAACAAAGUUUUAAUUAUUAUAUUAGCCUGCCCCGACCACAAGGCCCUUCUUCUUCUUCUUCUUCUAUACGGUGGGUGUUCUCUGCAACUCGACACCAAGUGACUAUUUUGCGUGAGUUUUUUACUUUAGUCAUGUCAUCCCAACUCCCCCAAGAAGCUCGGAAGUCUCCUGAUGUCCCCACAGGCCUCGAGCAGCGUCUGUGGGCUGCCCAGGUGUGUCAUCCGUUGUUUGAUCACGCCUCUGCACUGUAGCAGAACGUGAGUGCUCAUCUCCUCCUCCAUGCAGGUUCUGCACAGAGGACUGUCCGAGACACCUAUUUUAAAGAGAUGAAGAGGUGAGAUAUUCUCAUAGGAUAUGGACACUAUAAUAAAUAGUGUCCA